GCGCUAGGAGUAACAUGGCAGAGAAAGUCCGUACCUGUGUUAUUUGUGGAAAUAACACAUCCGUGUUAUAUUCUUUGCCCAGAAAUUCAGAGCUAAGGAACAGAUGGUUAGAAUUUAUCUAUGGAACACCACCAGCGAGGUACAAUACUUACAUAUUGGUGUGUUGUAGUCAUUUUGAACGCAGUGACUUCUCCAACUACGGUGAAUACAGUAGGGGUUUUGCUUCAAUGUUGAUAUUAAAACCUGGAUCUGUACCGUCACGCCGAUCGACCACCAGCUCACAGCCGAGCACAUCACAGACAUUGGUGACACCCAUCAUUCAUACCAGUACCCAAACAGACCCACCCAGCCUUUUAUGUCGGGCUACACAACUUUCUAGGGGUACAUUAGGCCCUCACUUUCGAAGCAAAGGUACCCAAACAGAGUCUUUCAUCACAAGUACGAGUAUUGCCACAAGUACUUUGGAUGCACCGUGGGGGCCUGUACACUCUACACCCAUUAAGUCUGUUGUUCCAAGGGCAGCUAAAAGACCUUGGGUAGAUGAAGAGGAGGAGGAGGAGGAGGAGGAGGAUGAAGAGAGUGACCACUGCACAGUACCAACUGAACCCCAGUCCUCCACCUAUGAUCCAGCUCAGCUAAAGCCGACAUAUUGGCCCUCUGUGUCUGGGAAUUCCCUUCUGAUCCGCAGGACAACACAAGCUGGAACAACAACUCGGACCUUUCUCCCUAAAUAACCCCAGCACCAGCUUACAAAUGACCUGUAGGCCAGAUGUCUGCAUCGCCUAGUAAACAGAGAAAUUUGUAAAUUCUGAACAUUGUUUCGAUGUUAUUAUUUUGUUUUGCCUUAUUUUUCAAUUCUACUCUAUGUAAAUAUAAUAAAAAGGUAUUUAAUUUGACAAUGGA